CUCCGGCAGCCAGUGAGUACAUUCUUUCCUGUGCCCGCAUAUGGAAGCAAUUUCUAGAUUAUCCGAGGCACUUGUGCUGCUGAGCUCACCCGAAACAGAGGACUCAGUGGUGAUUUAUCAGCAAGACUGUUGAAAGUGUAAUUGUCCAAGAUGCCUGUCCCUCCCCCUCCAGCGCCCCCACCGCCACCCACAUUUGCGCUGGCCAAUACAGAGAAGCCUACCUUGAAUAAGACAGAGCAGGCCGGGAGAAAUGCUCUUCUCUCUGACAUCAACAAAGGGAAGAAACUAAAGAAGACGGUCACCAAUGACAGAAGUGCGCCAAUAUUGGACAAACCUAAAGGAGCCGGCGCUGGCGGUGGUGGUGGCUUUGGUGGAGGUGGAGGAUUUGGCGGAGGAGGUGGCAGCAGUGGCAGUGGUGGUAGCGGCAGCAGUGGUGGUGGAAGUUUCGGAGGGGGUGGACCUCCUGGUUUGGGAGGACUAUUCCAGGCUGGAAUGCCGAAGCUGAGGUCCACAGCCAACAGGGAUAAUAACGAUUCUGGGGGAAGCCGACCACCAAUUUUGCCACCAGGAGGAAGAUCCACAUCUACCAAACCUUUUUCACCCCCAAGUGGCCCAGGGAGGUUUCCUGUGCCUUCUCCAGGCUACAGAAGCGGUCCCCCAGAGCCUCAGAGGAACCGAAUGCCUCCCCCAAGGCCCGAUGUGGGCUCAAAGCCUGAUAGCAUUCCCCCUCCAGUACCUAACACGCCAAGACCCAUUCAAUCAAGUCUGCACAACCGGGGGUCCCCACCGGUGCCUGGGACCCCCAGGCAGCCCGGCCCCGGGCCUACUCCUCCCCCUUUCCCUGGAAACCGAGGUGCUGCUUUUGGAGGAGGUUCCAUACGUCAGACACCCUCAAGCUCCUCCUCGCCCUUCUCCAACAGGCCUCCGCUGCCCCCCACCCCAAGCAGGGCCUUGGAUGACAAACCCCCUCCACCGCCUCCUCCAGUGGGCAACAGGCCCUCCCUGCACAGGGAAGCAGCUCCACCUCCGCCCCCGCAGAACAACAAGCCUCCAGUGCCUUCCACCCCACGGCCCUCCUCCUCCUCACAGGCCCCACCUCCUCCACUGCCACCCAGCAGGCCUGGCCCUCCUCCCGUGCCUCCGGGUUCCAGUGGCAAUGACGAAAUCCCAAGGCUCCCACAGCGGAAUUUGUCCCUCACUUCGUCUGCACCUCCCUUGCCUUCCCCAGGACGUUCGGGCCCUCUUCCUGCCCCACCCAGUGAGAGACCCCCUCCUCCGGUGAGGGACCCACCAGGCCGAUCAGGCCCCCUCCCACCACCUCCUCCAAUAAGCAGAAAUGGCAGCACAUCUCGGGCCCUGCCUGCUACCCCUCAGUUGCCGUCCAGGAGUGGAGUAGAUAGUCCCAGGAGUGGGUCCAGGCCUCCUCUUCCUCCCGACAGGCCUGUUGCAGGAGGACCUCCCCCACCUCCACCAUCAACGUCAAUUAGGAAUGGCUUCCAAGACACUCCAUGUGAAGAUGAGUGGGAAAGCAGAUUCUACUUCCAUCCGAUUUCUGAUUUGCCACCUCCAGAGCCAUAUGUACCAACGACCAAAAGUUAUCCCAGUAAAUUAGCAAGAAAUGAAAGCCGGAGUGGAUCCAGCCGAAGAGAAAGGGGUGCCCCGCCUCUUCCUCCCAUCCCGAGGUGAUCUCUGCCUGCUCCCCUCUACCGGAGCUCAAGAGCUGCUUCUAUUGUUGCUCCUCAAGAACUGCACACCCUCCUCCCCCUCUCUUCCCAUGUCCCCUGCAUAUUGGGAGGAGGGAAGAAGGGAGGGUGAGGUGGAAGUCUGCGUGCAUUGGGGUGGGAAUCUGGUAAAGAAAUGCACCUAGCUUUUUAGAGUGUGAGUAUUCUGAAAGCUAUUGCUUGCUUCAGCUGCAGCCUGCCAGUGUUGCUGCUGGGGGUCAAUAGGAUUUUGUGGGAAGUAAGCAGAAAUGAAUUGUAUCCCAGCUUUCAACCAAUCACAUGCAAGCCUUUACUGCUUAUUUGCUACAGGCUGUAAUUAUGAAAGUCCCUGAGGGCUGUGUUCUUCCAUGCCUUUUCCGCCUGCUUGGCCUCCUCCUGUCUGUUUCCAUGAACUACAGCCCACCUAAGCAAGUUGCUGAGCAAGGGCUCGCAGGAAAUUUUGCGGUUACACGAUGUCCAAUCUUUGGCAGUCUGAGGUAGGCUCUGGGACAGAGCUGUCCAGUAGAAAUACGUGAGCACAUAUACAAAUUAAAAAAUUUUUAGUAGCCACAGUUUUUUAAAAAGGUAAAAAGAAACGAGUGAAGUUUUAAUAUAUAUCUUAUUUAACCCUGUACAUCCAAAAUAUUAUCAUUUCAACCUGUAAUCAGUAUAAAAAUUAUUAAUGAUGUAUUUUACAUUCUUUUUGGUACUAAAUCUUCAAAAUCUAGUGUGUGUCUUACACUUUGAGCACAGCUCCAUUUGGACUAGUCAUAUUUGAAGUUCUCAGUAGCCACAUGUGGCUGGUGGCUACUAUACUGGACAGCAUGAGUCUGGAAGAUGGAAGCUAGUGCAAAAACCUCUUGUUUAAAAAAUAGGAAAAGGCAGCAUGCGCUUUAGCUGUUCAAGAGGUAACUAAAAAUAAAGUUAGGACUCAGCACCUUCUUUGGCCUUAGAUUUUGCUCCCUUAUUUUCCCUCUUCCCUUAAUAUCUAUAUGUAAGUGUUGCUUCACAGUAUCAGGGUAGGAAAUUGAUCUAAUACGGCUUCACAGUAUCAUGGUAGGAAAUUGAUCUAAUACAGUUUACAGUCACCUGGAAUAAAGCCAUUGGAAAGAAACCGAAAGCCUGUUGGGGCUUCUGGGCCGAGAACCAGCUGGCUUGUGCACUCGCUGUCAGCUGGACUCCUGCCUGGAGGAUUGAAGUGGACUUUGUUCCUCUUGCGCUCAGCAAACCCCUCAAGGCCGGGGAGAGAGACACUAGUGAGGCUAAGUAGGAAGAGAAGACAGUCAAACGUGGAAGAAGGGAGCAGAUUUGAGCUGAUGGACAAAACUCUAAAAAUCGAAAUCUGAAGCUGAUGGAGUUCAGCAAAUUAGGGAGAUUGCUUGUGGAAACUGGAGGGAAUUUGUUUUGAAUCUGUCCAGGAGAAUCGUUUGUUCUGGAUCUACGCAAAUAAAGCUCCACUAAAGGACCACAGGGAAGAGCCAGCCUUGCCUUUUUUUAUAUGAUUUUGUUUACAGAAUUUUUCUGGGACUUUUAAAUCUAGCUAUAGAGUUGGGAAAAAAAUAUUUCCUCUUAGAUGUUUUUAUAUGGUUGAUUAUGUCUAAAAUUACCAUUACUUAUUUUUUAAAAGCACACAACCACAUUUGUUUAUGUAUAUCUACCUAAAUGAUAUAUCAUGGUUUCAGUGUAUUAUUCCUGUAUUACUAGGAGAUGCUACCAAGAAAUCAAUCCAAAGAAAAAUUUGAAAAAUGCAUUUCUAUUUAUAGAAUAAUUGUUUCAUCUAUGUAAAAGCAAAAGAACCUAGAAUUCUAAUAAAUGGGAUGUCUAAUAAAUUAUGAAGUUAGUACUUUGAGUAUAUUAUAUUUUUAUAACUUUCCUUGCCAAAGUCCUGGGCUUAGUAAAUUAGAGAACUUGUUUUUUCCCCUCUCCUCUACUGUUCCUCCGUCUUUCUUACAGUAACUUGCGGCUCUUUACCCAAAGAGAAUCAAGAAAUAUAAAGGUGUAACAAGCUUGGCACCUUUAUAAAAUAUAAAAGUAUUUUUUAAUUUUUUUAUCUCUAACAUUUUGGUAAUUUAACAGCAUCAUUUUAUUUUGGAUUCUUUGCUCUGACGUCAACAGUGAUAAACAUCCCUAUGAUAGAAGCCUAAUGACCCACUUUACAGAAGAUGGAGUUUGGCCUUCCUAGCAAAUACAGGCAAGAAAAGUCUGAUCCAAAGAAAGUUGUGAGGGGUAGUAAGAAUUGGACAAUUUCCUUGUAUAUCUCAACUUUUCAGGUACUAUUCUAAAGUUAGAAACAGGGUCACAACUCAAAGUUGCCAUUCAUCUAGAAUAGAGAUGUUUUAGGAUAUCUUUUUGAAGUGAAUGUUUCAUUAAUACACCUGUACCCUUUAAAAGUUAUCAACCUAAUAGCAUCCAAAACUUUGAAUAUGUUCUGUGCUAAAGUCUUCAACUAUGGCAAAUCACAAAAAUGAGUAAUUUCUUCCCUGAAAUCAGUGCUUACAUGUGUGUUUUUUCCAUAACAAGAUAAAUGAAUUCAAGAUGCAAUACAGUAUUUUAACAUUCUCAUAUCAUUUUAUAUUGAAAUGUAUGACAGUAUUAAAAUUCAGUGUUCAGUAUUUAUUUCACUAUGCAUUUUAUUUAGUAGAAUCUGAGAAAAAUGUUUAAUCCAAUGGUGCCUUUGUGAUUUGAAAGAAAUCAACUUUUUGUGUCUAAGUAGCAGAUUAUUUGCAUAUUUGUAAAAACUGUUAGGCCUUUGUAUUUUAACUCAUAAUACCAAUUUUGUUAUUUUAGUAGCAGAAAUGGGAUGAUUGUCAAAGUGCCCAAAAAUUUUUGGCAUAAAAUUAAUUUUUCCCUCUUCAUAGUCAAGGACUAUAGAGGGAGAAAAAAAAAUCUUUUCAUACUAUUGCACUAUGUAAACACACGUUUUGGGUAUCUAUGUCAUCCCGAUAGUUUAAAUGGUAGGGUAGAGUCUACCCUAGACAUCUGCAUCUUUGUACGUUGGCCAGAGAAUAAAUAAAAGCAGAAUGAUACGGUGUCAA